UACCUGUCCAGUAUGGAUGUCCAAUGUGUUUGAGUCUAAAGAUUAGACGAGGUACAGAAAAGAAUUUCAAAGUGAUAUGGUGAGAGUAUGUGAAAACUCCAAUCCUAGCACUCCAUAUAAGUUUUAGGCUCCUAGGCCCAAAUCUAAGAUUCAUUUCGCCUGCGUAAAUCUUUAGACAGGAAAGAAAGACAGAAAGAAAGAAAGAAAGAGCAAGAAGUUUUUGUCAGUUUGGCCAUGGAAGUUCAAUUUGAUACCAAGAUAUUGCUUACUGUUGUGGUUAUAGUGUUUCUUGGAGUGCUGGUGCGUCUUUAUAAUGGGUUGGUUGUGAAACCAAAGAGGCUUCGUUCCAUCCUGAAAAAGCAGGGCAUCAAUGGACCACCACCAACUUUUCUUCUUGGAAAUAUAAGAGAGAUCAAGAAGGUACAGUCCUCGGCUGUGAAAGCUCAUUCGUCCAAUGAUCCACCUCUAAUCCAUAACUGUGCUGCUCUUCUUUUUCCAUUUUUUGAGCUAUGGAGGAAGGAAUAUGGGCAAAUGUACGUAUUUUCGCUGGGGAACACACAAAUAUUAACUUUGAAUCAACCUGAAAUUGUGAAAGAGAUAACAACAUGUGUAUCCUUGGACUUGGGGAAACCUUCGUAUCAACAAAAAGAUCGUGGUCCUUUGCUUGGUCAGGGGAUUCUGACAUCAAAUGGGGCUUUCUGGUCCCAUCAGAGGAGGAUUCUUGCUCCAGAAUUGUACAUGGAAAAGGUCAAGGGAAUGGUUAACCUGAUAACUGAGUCUACCAUUACCUUGAUAAAUUCAUGGAAGAGUAUGAUUGAGACAGAUGGUGGAAUCGCAGACAUCAAAAUUGAUGAGGACCUGAGAAAUUUCUCUGCAGAUGUUAUCUCAAGAGCCUGUUUUGGAAGCAAUUAUUCCAGGGGAGAAAAAAUCUUCCAGAAACUAAGAAAUCUCCAGAAUGCUAUGUCCAAGAAAGUUCUAGCAACUGGGAUUCCUGGCAUGAGGUAUCUUCCUACGAAAAGCAAUCGAGAAGUAUGGGCAUUAGAGAAGGAUAUCCGUUAUUUGAUUCUGGAGGUAGUGAAGGAGAGACAAGAAGGUGCAUAUGAGAAGGACCUGUUGCAAAUGAUUCUUGAGAGUGCCAAAACUAGCAACCUGAACCGAGAAGCAACAGAUCAAUUCAUAGUUGAUAAUGCCAAGAACAUAUACUUGGCUGGUUUUGAGACUACAGCAGUUUCUGCCACAUGGUGCCUCAUGCUGCUGGCUGUAAAUCAAGAAUGGCAGGACCGUAUACGAGCAGAGGUUCUUGAAAUCUGUGGAGGUGGAAUGCCAGAUUCUGAUAUGAUUCGCAAGAUGAAACUGCUUAACAUGGUGAUUCAGGAAACACUGCGACUUUACUCACCAGUGCCUGUGGUGUCGAGGGAGGCCUUCAAGAACAUGAAAUUCGGCAACAUUAAUGUUCCCAAGGGAGUGAAUAUAUGGACCAUGGUGUUGCCAUUGCAUACACAUCCUGAAAUAUGGGGAUCAGAUUCUUACAAGUUCAACCCAGAAAGAUUUGCGAAUGGGAUUGCAGGUGCUUGCAAGUAUCCAUUCUUGUACAUGCCAUUCGGUGUCGGGCCUCGGGUAUGUCUUGGACAGAACUUGGCCAUGGUUGAACUCAAGAUAUUGAUAGCUCUGCUUUUGUCCAACUUCUCUUUCUCCAUCUCUCCCAAAUACAUCCACUCCCCUGCUCUUAGGCUGGUCAUUGAGCCAGAACACGGAGUCAAUCUCCUGGUCAAGAAGUUGUAGACACACCUGAGAUGGGUUCUUAUUUUUAUUGUUUUUAUUUUUUUUAUUACAUAUGUAGGGAGAGGGAAGAGUUGAACCUGGAUAUCUCAGGUUGAGAUGGAUUCUUUUUAAAGAUAGAUAUUAGCAUCAACAUCUUUGGGAAGCACAUGAGAUUUUUUAUUUCUAUGUAGUAGCUGGGGAGCUUUGUGGAAUAGGGACUCCCUGAUAGUAACUUAUUGGUAGUAUUUAUUGCCAAGCCAGAUAGCGAGAAACAGGAGAUAUUUCAUUCCUC